ACCAGUCCAAUUGAAAUGAUGUAGUUUUUGAGAAUUCACAAGCGUAGCUCAGCUGCCUUUCAAAAUCAUGUCUUUUUAUUCCAACUCUCAUGUUUUGAUCUUGAGCUUGUAAGUGUGCAUACACCAAGCAUAAACACACAGACAUGGCAGAUAGAUUGCUGCAGAAGGAAGUCGAACUUAAUGAAAAACACGAAGAAAUAUUGGCCAGGCGUGAGGCGUUAUUGAGGCAGGCAGAGAUACGUCUUGGAGACAGCCAAGAUCUAAGUGCAUCGGUGGCACACCACUGGAACCAGGCUAAACAGAGGAACCAGGACUUAAUAGAGGAGAUUGUACAGUGCCAGACUGAUGCUAAGAUACAGGCAGCCAGACCCCUGUCUGUGACUCUGACAACACUCAAGGAGAAGUACUGGAACAUGGUGGAGCAGGAGAUGCCAGAAUGGAAGGAGGAAGUGAAGAAAGCAAAGAAGGACCGGAGUAAUCCUCCAAGUGCUAGGUGACAGGUUGCCAGAAAGAAGUCGCACAUCCAACAAAUGAAGCAUUGUGCCUUGUGAUAAUCCACACAGGAGUUUUGUCACUGGAGGGCAACUGAUGCCUCCUGCCGCAAAAUAAAAAAACAGGAUGGAACUGUCUCAGCACUUGGACACCGUCUUCUGAGAAGAUCAGGAAAAAGAAGUUACCUUUCCUUGGCUUGUUAAUACGAAAUUGGAGUAGUACCCCAAGCACCAGGGUUGGACCUCUCAGGAAAAACAGAUUCUUAGCAUCGCACCAAAGAGUGUUCAGGGUUCUGCUGGCCUGUACCUGUUGGCAGAAACAUUGAGGUUGACAUUCCCUCUAUUAUUUAAGGGACUGUGAUGAGGUUCGGGAUAAGCUGGUCAUUUUUUGCGAAGUACCACUGUUGGAGUCAUAUUUGUAUGGAGCCAAGGGAGUACAAGACAGCUAAGCUAGUGGGACCUGACUUGAACAUCCAUCUAAAAAGGAUCCUUGUUGAGCAACUUUGAAAGUGAAACCACUGAAAAGAUCCAAAAGAUACUCUUAUUAGAUUUAAUCCAUAAGCCAAGAGGAAUACUGAUUGGUGGAUGAAGACAGAUUCUCGUGCAUGGUUUGAAGUCACCCGAAAUUGACCGCUCCAUUCGGAUCCUCCUCUGAAGCUAGAUGACUGAUUCUAGAUUUAGAUUCUACAUUCCUUUACCUAUACCCAAAAAAGCACCAGAGAGGCUGUGUUAGUGCCAGCUCUGCAGAUGUGUCUAGUCAACAGGCAAGAGGACCAGGGUUUGUCCUAAAGAUGCCAAAAAGUUCAACCAGGAAAAGUUGUCCAAAGAUGUCAGCAUUCCUGUGCGGGAAUGUUUCAACUCUGAAUUUUGGGAAAAUUAACCGGAAAGGUGUUUCAGUAGACUUGGAUACAUAUUCUCACCGGAAAUACCGUAGACUCGGACAUUAGUGUUUCUUCUAAAUUGGACAGUUUUCUUGUUUGAAUGGUUUUAAAGCCCUAGAGAUGAGACUAAUAUUCUCCUUAGGUAUCUCUUUGUACACAUACUUGUCACAACUAUCAGCAGUGAAGCUCCUAUUCCACAAGA